CCCCCACCAUAAUUCCACAAUUUCAACAGAAAACCAGACUACGGUCUUCCAAGUUCAAAGUUGAAUCGAUACCCUUUGAAUUUGGAGUCAUGAUCUUCAUUAGCUUUGCACAUCAAGCAAUUCCCUUUCCUUGAGAGGAAAGCCACAUCAUGUUUCACAAUUACAUUUUGGAAUUAUUAUUAUUAUAAUAAUAGAAGGUGUUAAAAGAGGGUAAGAGUAAUGAUGAGGGAAGCACGUGCUGCUUUAGAGUCCCCUCCGUCCUACACACAAGGUGAGAGAUCCAAGCCGCCUCAUCAAUGUUUUCUCCACUUUCUUGGAUUCCCUCAUCUUCCUCUCACUAGAAGCUCUCUACUCAGAGCUUCCAUGGCUUCCGCCUGAACCAUCUGCCUUCUCACUUCAUUUCUCUUCUCUUCUCUUCAAUGGCCGCUGACAACAUUUUGAAAUCUCGCCAAGUUUCCACUAUGAUAAAGCAAGGAUUCAUCUCUGACCCGACCAUCACCUUCUCUCCCUCCAGACCACUUUCUAGGGUUUCUCUCUCUCCUCCUCCUCCCUCUGCUUCCCCCUCCAAGAGUCCAACUCUCUUCGAGAUGAUGUCCGAGGAGCAGAGUCGUGAGUCUAGACACUCCGACGUUGCUCGCCGCAAGUUGCAGGACCAGGUUGCUAGGGUUCUGGCCGACGCUCCCUUUCGGGACCCUGCCUGGGGGGAAUUCGGUGACGUUAAGCUCACGGUGGUCUCGCGCGACGGCUUUAAGGUCUCCAUGGAUGUGCAUCGAAGAGUUCUGGUCGAACAGAGCCGAUUCUUUGCGGAGAAGUUGAGGCGGGACGGCGCCGUGUCGCAUUCGGUGGAGAUUUGUGAUUGUGACGAUGUGGAGAUUUAUGUGGAGACUGUGGUGUUGAUGUAUUGCGAGGAUUUGAGGAAGAGGUUGAUGGGAGAGGAGGUUUCCAAGGUCUUGGGGUUGCUCAAGGUAUCUGCUGCAAUCAUGUUUGAUGCGGGCAUUAUCUCAUGCUUAGAGUUUUUGGAAGCUGUUCCAUGGUCCGAGGAUGAAGAGGAGAAAGUUGUAUCUCAUCUUGGUCAACUUCAGCUUCAUGACUCGGUGGCUGAAGUUCUCCAGAGAGUAUCAGCUGAACCAUCUACAUCUACGAGGCCAGAUGACAUCUUCUUGAGGCUAUUGACAGGUAUUUUACAAGCCAAGGAUGAUAAAGCCCGCCGAGAAAUGAAAACUCUGAUUUCUCGGUUGCUUAGAGAUGAAGCACCCGACAACAGUGAUAGGCAUGAUGUCUCUAAAGAUACCCUCUAUCAUCUAUGUCAUAGAUGUCUCAGUUCCCUUGUCCUUUGCUUAUCUGAAGCUACAUGCAUUGAUGAAAGCAGACGGGAUCGAGGGGCUAUAAUGAGUGAGAUAGCUCGUGAAGCUGACAAUAUGCAGUGGAUUGUCAAUAUUCUAAUUGAUAAAAAAAUGGGUGAAGAUUUUGUGAAACUAUGGGCAGAUCAGAAGGAGCUGGCUGUUCUUCAUUCCAAGAUUCCCACCAUGUACAGGCACGAAAUCAGUAAAAUUACUGCACAGCUGUGUAUUGCCAUUGGAAGAGGACAUCUUUUGGUGCCUAAAGAUACCCGUUUCUCUUUGCUAUCCACAUGGUUGGAAGCUCUCUAUGAGGACUUUGCGUGGAUGAGGAGGGCUUGCAGGUCUGUUGACAAGAAAUUAGUUGAGGAUGGGCUGAGCCAGACCAUUCUUACAUUGCCAUUGCCACAGCAACAAGCUAUCUUGUUGACUUGGUUUGAUCGAUUUCUUAAUAAGGGUGAUGACUGUCCCAAUAUUCAGAGAGCGUUUGAGGUUUGGUGGAGAAGAGCCUUCAUCAGACAGUAUGUGUCAGAGCAUGAUAAUUCUCAAUUGCAGAUUACCGUCUGUGAUUAUCCAAACUGAAUGGUCAUUUACCAUGUCAAAUAAUCGAAGCCAAGAUGUACAUAUCAAGUGAGGUUCCUUUUGUAUCUUUUGCUUAAAAUCAUUUGAUUUUUUUUUGGUCAGUUUGAAUCUUUUAGAUAUAGAUCUCUGUGACAAAAAUGAUGUACCAGACAAAGGACUUGGAGAGUGCUGGAAUUUGUAAGGAUGUACCAGACAAAGGACAUGCAUUUGGAGGAAUAUAAUAAGGCGUCUCCCCAAGACGGUCUGAUUAUAAUGAGUUUCUAUUUGAAAAAGAUUUGGUAGGAACAGUGGAGAUUUGCGAGGAUUGGUUCUUCUGAAUAUGCUAUGCCAGGGUGGGGGAGAGAGGGAUUGCAUUAUAUGAUUCAGGUAUGACUAAUCUUGUAAUAGAAGGAUGGGCUUGUAUUUUUAGAGGCAUAUUGUGUAGGUAAGGGUAAGUCACUAUUCUCCUAAGACCUUGGGAACAAAGGAGGACAUGGUCAUUAUUUCUCUUCCUAUGCUUCUUAAGGAAUGUGUGGUUUUUGUGGGUGGCGUGUUUGAGGUUUCUGUUAAGCUGUCAAAUGUGUCCACAUCGAAUAUAGGUUUGCUCAUCGCCUGUCAGGGGCAAAGGGGAAAAAAGAAAUGUUUGUUUGUUGUCAGAAUAGAAGAUCGUUGGAAUGCACAUUACAACUACCACUACCCAGGGAGGACUCAAACAAUUUCAGGUGUCAAGAACAUUUUGGGGAAGUCUCUUAAAUUUUUUUUCACAUCCUAAUUUCUGGAUUCUGCUACAGCAAUCCCCAUCUUUGAUUAUGAUGCUCUACAAGGUUGGCAUUGAAGUCCUUGAAAUAUCGAGGAUCCUUUUUCCUUCUUUUUUUACUCUCUCCCCUAAGUUCCAUGUUUCCUUGUACAGAGCUGAGAUACCAGUUGGACCAACAGAUGAGCUGUUGUGUUGUGACCUGGUGUAAAGCCAUAUCCUGAGCAGAAUCAAAUAAAAAGCAAGCAUUCCAUUUUAGUUUUA